AAAGGAGAAAUUUGCUAGUAUAUUGUAAAACAUUUACCAGUCAAUUAUUACAGCAUAGAAUAUGUUUUGACUAAUACAUAAUGUUCUUUAUAAUACAUUUUAUACAUGUUUUUAGCAGAAAAUGUGUAUGUAAAGCCUGUUCAUAGUGAUAUAAAUAUGGAGCCUUUUAUGCUGUUAUAUUAAAAAUAUGUUUAAUAAACUAACAAAACAUUACACUAGAAAGUUCAGGUUAUAAACACUAAACAGUUAUAUUUAAAAAAAAAUCAGUUCAAUGUAUUCUACAAACGCUUACACACACUGAGAGAGGAGGGGUGUGGGGUAGUAGGAGAGAAUGAGUAAAUGCUAUUUUUAGGUCAUUGAUAGAUAAGCCAAAAAUUACACGGCAGUUUCCCCAUAUUUUUUCCCUGUUUCAUCUAAUGUAAUGAAAUAUUUUUGUAAAGUCUUUUUUUUGGAAAACAUGUUGUGUUUAAUCCUAACAUUAUAUAUAAUAAAAUAUCCAUCCGUUGACAAAAAAAGACUUUUGUACCCCUCCUCCCGCACUCCUCCUAACCCACCCGUAUUGACAAAGAGAUUACAUAGCAGUACGUGAGCUUGCAGUCCACACCCACCCUGUAGACUGUAGCGGGUUGAGACACCCGAUUGCCCAAUGUGCUUACUUAUCUGGACAGCUGCACCAAGACAUACUUGCAGCUUUUGUUUAACCUCCGCGGAGAGCGUGUUGUGUACAUGCUGUUGGUCGCUGGCGUGGAGGAAGCUGCAGCUCUCGGUCCACACUCUGUCAACGACAGUGACCGUACUUGUGUUCGCUUCCUAGACAUGUCUGAGGUCACUGACAAUAGAGUUUUGUUCGAUAGGAGUCGACAGCAGUGACCACAACGUCUGCAGGAGACACGCACAGCAAGUAGCGCAGGCACCUGGCGUCCAUUUUUGCGUCGUCAUUGGGCGGUGUCCUGUGACAUUAGUCCCCUUGUAAAUAUUGCGCGCUAGGAAAAACUGUAACACACUGAAUGGCCAACAUCGCUCUGGGACAGACCGCUUCACAACCUCAUGCAGUUCUAAGGGAAUAGUCGCUGUAGAAGAAGGAUCCUCGCUGAGUUGUUUUUUUUUUUUUUUUUUUUUUGCUGUUCUGAAACGGGUUUCCAGACUUCAGCAAAGGCUUGUGGCACCGCUUACAUUUGGACGUGUCUUCUUGCAAGAAGAUUCUUCCACUCCAGCAGCAGAGGCGGACGCAAACAUUGAACGAAUGGUGUAGAAUAGUCGCAAUCUGAAGGUAGGACAGGGUUGACAAGGUUUAUCGCUGGUGACGGUGCUCUUUGUGUACAACUUGCUUCAGUCGAGUUCGGGGCGAGGAUCGCCAACCGAGGUCACCCGCAAUGGCGACCACCUUCGAGAGCAAAGGACUGGCUGAACACGCCGAGAGCAACGGACUGGUUGAGCACGCCGAGAGCAACGGACUGGUUGAACACGCCGACAAAACUACGUCAGAGGACAACACCGUGACGAUCAUCAACACGUCGUGGAGGCGCAUGGUCUAUCGCAUUGGAGACAACCCACCCCUCAAGCUGUUGCUGCUUUUUACGCUACAGCAAGGGCUUCUCGCCAUCUCCAACUCCUUGAUCGUGUCGUCGAUAGUGUCGGACGUGGUGUGCGCGCGGGACGACGAGGAGUUCAAGACCAGAUACUGAGUGCCACCUUCCUGAUGGUCGGCUUGUCCACCUUCUUCAUGAGCACAGUCGGCGUUAGGCUGCCAAUAUUCCAGGGUCCAGCCAACGAGUACAUUAUUCCACUGCUGACACUUGAGCGCUCAGCCCGAAUGGAAGUGUCCAUCACAGGAAGAACUCGUUGAGUAUUAUGCCAACACGACCACUAACGUCACGGACCUGGGGAAGGUCCUCCCGAUGCCGAAGGAGUUUAUCUACCAUCAUGUUCAGAGGAUGUCUGGUAGUUUGAUGGCUGCGGGCGCCGUUCAUUUUCUGAUAGCUGUGACAGGUCUGGCGGGCUGCUUGCUACGGUUCAUUGGACCAGUCACCAUUGUUCCCGCCAUCACUCUAGUCGGGCUUUACAUCUUCAAAGUCGUGGUCAGGUUCUCCGAGACCUUCUGGGGGGUCGCUGUGCUGACUGCUGCAACGGGAAUCAUAUUGUCGUUGUACCUAGCCAAGAGAUCAACACCAAUUCCUUUCUGGAGUAGAUCGAAGGGAUUCCACAUCAUCUGGUACCCGCUGCAUCAGGUGUUCGCACUGCUCAUCGCGAUGAUGGUGGGCUGGGGCGUCAGCGCCAUUCUAACGACUGCUGACGUGCUGUCGUCAGACCGCAACAACGUGCAGUUCUACGCGCGCACGGACACUCGUUCACACGUCAUCACCAACAGCCCCUGGUUCUCUUUUCCAUACCCAGGACGCUUUGGCGCGCCCUCCUUCGAUACCGGCAUCUUCAUCGGCUUCUUGCUGGCCACACUCAUGUCCAUCCUGGACUCCAUCGGCGACUACAGCGCAUGCGCGCGCACCUGCUACGUGCCGCAGCCCCCCAACUGGGCUCUGAACCGCGGGCUGGCGGUGGAGGGGUUCAUGAGUUUCAUCAGCGGCGCCCUGGGCAUCGGCCACGCUACCUCAUCGUUCGGCGGCAACAUCGGGGCCAUGGGCCUCACCAGGGUAGCCAGCCGCCGGGUGUUCCAGGGCGUCGGCAUCAUGUAUGUCUUCUUCUCCAUCUUCAACAAAUUCGGCGCCGUUUUUGUCACCAUCCCUUACUCUGUCCUCGGCGGCUGCCAGAUCGUCACCAUCGGUCUUUUCAUCGGCAUCGUCCUCUCCAACCUGCAGUACAUCGACCUUAGGUCCACCCGCAACGUGGCCAUCAUCGGUAUCUCGCUGCUCGUGGGGCUGAUGAUCCCGCACUGGAUGGAGAAGACUCCCAACGGUAUACGAACAGGGAGCAUAGAUUUAGAUCGUACUAUAGGAAUACUUUUGACGAAUCCUGUGUUCGUGGGAGGCUUCCUCGCUUGUUUCCUAGACAACACUGUUCCAGGCACGCUAGAAGAACGUGGCUUGAGCAAGCACUCAUCAAAAGAGGAGUUGAGCAAGGGGCCCGCGGACGACCACUUCGAGGAAGGGCUGGAAGUGUACGACAUCCCCUACGUGCAAAAAUACAUGGAGAAGUCGAGGAUAACCAAAGUGUGUCGGAUAUUUCCAGGAGGCAGCUCCACCUCGUCCUCAACUUCCUCCGACACCACGAGGGACGAGGAGGAGAGACUUGGGUGCCUCAAAGAUGGGGACACGGCUGGCUUACAUUCGACGAACAUGUGACGUGUUGUGACAUCACGCAGUGCUAGCGACUUAAGGACAAGUACUCAGGGUUCGGAGAGGAGCGGUCGAGUGAAGCAGGCCACGUGCCAGAUUUUGUGACAGAACGGAGGAGAAUCACGUGACGCCUGCUUUUAUUAACACGCUAACGGGCAACAAGGGACACGCAGUGCGCUAUCCCGUUGCUUAGCAACAAGUCACAUACAAUGCGCUUUAAAGUGGUCCUGCUAUUAAUAAGUAACACUUAAGAUAGGGGUGGGAAGGGGAAGUGACGAGUGUUUGACCAUGACAUUACCUAGUGAUGUACAAGAUAGACACAAAGUGCACAGUAAUGAUACAGUUUAAUAAUGUAUCCAUGACCCUCGUGUCACACUCAGUGAUCUUCCCGGUGGAAGAAUGAAUGCACAAGUAAAAUUAAAAGGCAAGAGAAAUAGUG